GCGAUGUCGUCCCAUGCGCAUGCGCAGUGAGUAGCGGGUGACGCGACAGCUCUAGCCGGGUUUGUGUGAGCCCUGUGUGAUAAUCCUUUUCCAGUUCAUUUUUUUUAAAGUUUCGUUCAGUUGAGUUUUACGUAUAUUCUUGUUUCGUCCGUUGUACCGUGAGUUUUUUUUGCGGCCGAGCCGAGAUGUCAUACGCCUAUCUCUUCAAAUACAUCAUCAUCGGCGACACGGGUGUGGGGAAGUCGUGCCUGCUGCUGCAGUUCACAGACAAGCGCUUCCAGCCCGUGCACGACCUCACCAUAGGAGUCGAGUUUGGUGCACGGAUGAUCAACAUUGAUGGGAAGCAGGUGAAGCUACAAAUAUGGGACACGGCGGGGCAGGAAUCGUUCCGCUCCAUCACGCGCUCCUACUACCGCGGUGCCGCCGGUGCCCUCCUGGUCUACGACAUCACCAGGAGAGACACGUUCAACCACCUAACCACGUGGCUGGAGGACGCGCGCCAGCACUCGAGCUCCAACAUGAUCAUCAUGCUCAUCGGCAACAAGAGUGACCUGGAGUCCCGGCGCGACGUGAAGCGCGAGGAGGGGGAGGCGUUUGCACGCGAGCACGGCCUUGUGUUCAUGGAGACGUCCGCCAAGACUGCGGCCAACGUCGAGGAGGCCUUCAUCAAUACAGCCAAAGAGAUCUACCAGAAAAUUCAAGAAGGAGUAUUUGACAUCAACAAUGAGGCGAACGGCAUUAAGAUCGGGCCCCAGCACACACCGGUGGGUUCGGCUGCUCCUGGCGCAGCAGGCAGCGCCCAGGGUGGCGUGGGCUGCUGCUAAGGCUCUGCCAGCGCCUCCUGGGAGAGAUGAUGACGGUAGUGGCGGCGGCGAUUGCGGUGUUGGUGGUCACGCGUACGUGUGGUGCUGGAGGUGUGUGGGGGGGGGGGGGUGGGUGGGGCCGGAGGGUACUCCAGAGAACGAGAGGCACCCACACAACCGUGGCGGCGAUCGGGCACGAGGGGCUGCGCUCACCCUAUUUUGCUUUGCGUGAUGUCACGGUGCGUGCGUGUGUAUGUUACGUGCGUCGUGACAAACCCGUUUCCCUCUCCCCAAACGUCGACCCCACGUGAACCCCGCUUUCCCCCCAUACACAGCCCCCACCACACUCGAAACACCGCUGUGCAUUCUGCGAGUGCUGGCUGCCCCUCCAUCCACUUCCCUCCGUACAUCACUCCGCAGCCCAGCUGACAUCUCCCUGCCUAAACCUUCGUCCUCUGCCUUCCAACCACACCCCCCCCUCCCCCCCCUCCUCGUCUCCCGUUAUCCUGUGACGGGUUUUUGCACUCCGGUUUGAGUUUGUGAAAAUGACGGCGCUGCCCUCCCCCCUGUGCGGCUGCGAGUGUCCUCCGUGCGGGGGAGGGGGUCACCUGCAGCUGAGCUGCCCAGGAAGUUGUCGGGUACGGUUGGAGUCUUAAGUAAGGUGGCGGUGAUGCAUCUGUUUUCUUUUGGCCCAUUAGACUGAAUGUUGACCACUGCUUGUUUUUUUUGUUGUUGUAUUAUAUACAGAUUAAAGACCACGAUGCUUUUCGUUAAUGAUGGUGAUUAUUAUGAUUUGUUGACAUUGAUAAUAACGGUGGUAAUGUUGGUGAUAAUUAUAAUGAUGUAACAAGCUUGUUUUUUUUUAUGUUUUCGUACAUUCCCAUGAACUUGUCUGUGCAAAAAUGUUGGAUUUAGGCUCAAGGUGGCUGGGCUCAAGGUGGCUGGGAGAGUGUGGGGAAGGGUGAUUUAAGGAGAUGGAGCAAGGUUAGAAAUUCCUAAAUUCUACGAUUUUUGCUUUGCACAGGAAUAUUUUUGGUGCCAUGCAAAUGUCUGUCUUUGGCAUGGACUUUGUGUUGAGCGAGACAUCUGUUCAGAUUUUUUUGGUUUAAAACAUGGCCCUGUCUUCUCCAAGAGCAUCGGUUUGGAUCGGGGUUUUUUUUUUGUAUCUACGGAUUUAAAUGUAUCCAAACCAAGAGCUCUGGAUAGGAGUGGUCGUUAGCGUCGCCAAAAAAAAAAGCAUUAAUUUCCCCGGGUAACCGACUAAAGCGAUGGCUCACGAAACAUAAAGUUGUGACCGUGUGUCGCUGCAGUGCUCGCACGUUUUUACAUAUAAAGGCACUACAGUGGCGAUCCCUAUGCCCCCAAACUGUAGGCAAGCCCGUAUGCGGUGGGAUGAUAGUGACCGAAUGAAGUGUGCCGUCUUGUUAUCGCUGCUCACCAUUGGGUCUCAAAUGCAGCGCUUUCACACGUUUUACACGUGGCACUAGACACUAUGUAUACGUAUGUAUGUUGCACUUCUUCCGCACCGUACGUAGCCAACGGUGAUAAUUGGAGAUGCGGUGGAUGGACAACAAACAAAACAGUUCUAAAAUGUCGUGCUCAAGUUGGCUGAGAGGCAUGGGCAUUAGGAUUUUUUUGCGUGGGAUCCCUCUCCGAUUUGUGCCCAACUUGUUCCAGCCGCUCCCGUCGUCGGCUCUCUCGGAGACGGUGCAAAGCCGCCUCGUACAGCCCCCAACGUAAACGUCUUGAGAUACUCGCAGGCUUGGCUGCUCCUGCACGUCAAGUCGUGGUUGUACCUUGGAAUAUUCUGCACAUGCAAUACGGAAGCGACAAUACGAUGACGGCUAAACAAUAACAUCAAGUUGAGUUUAUUAGCUGGCGUCUGGAAUGCAACUGCAUCUCAGGACGAGUCGAUCCAUGCUGGGUGAUUGUGGCGGUGACGCAAGAGUUGAUGGUGCGUCUCACCUUGUGGCUUCCAGUGGCCGGAACUUUGCCGAUAAGUUCCCACCGCGUAGCACACGACACGGUUGUACAGAAGUUAAUGUGCAUCCUUGCCGAGCACCAAGUUUACGGUGGCUGGAAACAUGUAAAGAUGAACAAAACAUUGAAGGAAGUUCUGUUAACACUUCUCGGUGCCGUAAAACUUUAGGUACGAGCAGGGCGUUGUUGCUGCUGCUGCUGUUACUGGCGGGUGUGCCCCGUGGCUGGAUCGUGAAACGAAAAAACUGCAUUGCACUGUCCUGCGGUUAUCUUUACUCCAAUUAAAGUGGGAUACUGCACAAAUAAAAACUAUAACGUUCUUGUUUCUCAUUCGCUGCAUCCCAACUGCAUUCAAUUGACGAAGGUAAAGAUGUAGAGUCAAUAUUACCCAGCACUUUUCAAAUAAAUUUUAGCUUUGCUUUUCAUGUAAAAAAAAAUGUGGACAUUAAAAUUUAAAAUAAUUAUAGUUAUGAAAUAAAUUAUUUAACUCUGAACAAUGGCAAAUGUGCACGUUUAUUUUUUUUCUCAUGCAUUUAGGAUGCAGAGAUGAGGUCGCUAUGUUUUGAAUGUCAUCUGAGCCAAUUAUUCCUAUUCGUAAUUCAGAAAACUCAAAUCGGCCGUGCACAGGAGAACACCACUUAAGCAGUCCGUGCGGCACAUCGCGAUAGGAUUCACUGUUGGUUGGUUCUGCUGAGAAGUGGCUCUCUGUGUUGUUCACGCUGUGGCGGUCUGCAGGGCAGCCGCAACCUUACCCACAUUCACUACACGCGCCCGAUUCGACGGUGGUCAAGAGGCGUGUGGGGCGCGUCAAACUCCCGUUAUCCGUUUCUAGCGUAAUCGUCCCCCCCGAAACCGUUUUGACUUUGAACGAAGCUCGACUUGUGUAAUGUUUUAUUACGUAUCUAUCGGUGUAUAAUUAUACAUGAGCAUACAAGGUGUGACUUGGCGCAACGACCUUUCGUUUGAAUCUCCGCGUGGCACCCGGCGGGAUGGAGACACGCGCACCGCCGCACGCUGGCUCUUGCACGCGUACUAUUAAGUGUGUCCAAAGCUGUAUUGUGCAAUGUAUAAAAAUUACACUACCAUCACCUA